AUGACUGAGUCCAACGAGGUCGAGAAGACUUCCAACACUGUCGAGAACUACACACUCAACAACCCCGAUACCCUCACCAAAUACAAGACUGCUGCGCAGAUCUCCCACAAAGUUCUCGAGGCUGUCACAGGAUGGUGUCUUGAGGGAACCAAGAUCAUUGAGAUCUGCCAGAAGGGCGACCAGCUUCUCGAAGAAGAAAUUGCCAAGGUCUAUAAAGGAAAGAAGAUAGCGAAGGGUAAAUUCCACCGUUGUGCAUUGAACGUUUCUCGUGUAAAGCAAAAGAAAAAGCAAAAGGAAAAAGACAGUAUCUCUCAUCCCACCACCGUUUCACCAAGUUCCUUCGUGACUCCGUACACUCCCCUGGUCUCCGAUACGGAGGAGGCCAACACGACUCUCAAGGCUGGCGAGGUUGUCAAGAUCCAACUGGGCGCACAGAUUGAUGGAUUUGGCACUAUUGUUUGUGACUCGAUCAUCGUUCCCGGAAAGGACACGCCCCAGGAUGUGGUGACAGGGCGUGAGGCGGAUCUCAUCCUUGCGACGUACUAUGCCAACGAGCUUCUCCUGAGACUCAUGGUCCCUCCGGGCCUUCUGGCUUCUGGGACGGAAGAAGAGAAGAAGAAGGCUGCUGCGGAGAAACCUCCGACGCAGGCCAAGAUCUCCUCUCUCAUUGAGAAGGUGGCCAAGGCAUAUGACUGCAAUGUCAUCGAGAACACCACAAGUUGGCUGUUCGAACGCAAUGAAAUCGAGGGCAAGAAGAAGAUCAUUCUCUCCCCCAGUGGCGGUGUCAAGGGAGAGGGCUCCCCUGAAGUUGGAGAGGUCUGGGGCGUCGAGGUUGGCCUCAGUCUUGGUUCUGGCAAAGUAAAGACGCUGGAGAACCGUCCCACGCUGCACCGUCGCACAACCACAACCUAUCUCCUCAAGCGCCCGAGCUCGAGGCAGACCCUCUCGGAGAUUGUAAAGAAGUUUGGAACUUUCCCCUUCAGCUUGCGUCAAUUGGACGAUGAGAAAGCCGGCAAGGUUGGUUUGGUCGAGUGCGUCCGCGGUGGUGUUGUCCGGCAGUAUGAACCUACUGGUGAUUCGGACGGCGCUCCAGUUGCUCGCUUGUUGACCACCAUCGCCAUCACAAAGAACGGAAUUACUAGGCUGGCAGCACCGCCUACUCUAGAUCUUUCUAAAUUCAAGUCCGACAAGAAGAUUGAAGACGAAGAGAUCUUGAAGAUCCUUGAACAACCGUUGGCCAGAUCGACUGGCUCCAAGGGUAAGAACAAGAAGAAGAAGAAGAAGCCGAAGAAGGCCACGCAACAGCAGCAACAGGAGAACGAGGAGGAGGAGGAGUCUAGUGAUGAAGAGUAG